AUGUUACUGCAGUAUGGAUCACAGCUAACCUCUAUACGGAUCACAGCUAACCCUCAGCACAGGGUAGAGGAGGAUGUGUCAACCUCUAUAAGGAUCACAGCUAACCCUCAGCACAGGGUAGAGGAGGAUGUGUCAUCCUCUAUAGGGAUUACAGCUAACCCUCAGCACAGGGUAGAGGAGGAUGUGUCAUCCUCUAUAGGGAUUACAGCUAACCCUCAGCACAGGGUAGAGGAGGAUGUGUCAUCCUCUAUAGGGAUCACAGCUAACCCUCAGCACAGGGUAGAGGAGGAUGUGUCAUCCUCUAUAGGGAUCACUGCUAACCCUCAGCACAGGGUAGAGGAGGAUGUGUCAUCCUCUAUAGGGAUCACAGCUAACCCUCAGCACAGGGUAGAGGAGGAUGUGUCAUCCUCUAUAGGGAUUACAGCUAACCCUCAGCACAGGGUACAGGAGGAUGUCUCAACCUUUAUAGGGAUUACAGCUAACCCUCAGCACAGGGUAGAGGAGGAUGUCUCAACCUUUAUAGGGAUUACAGCUAACCCUCAGCACAGGGUAGAGGAGGAUGUCUCAACCUUUAUAGGGAUUACAGCUAACCCUCAGCACAGGGUAGAGGAGGAUGUCUCAACCUCUAUAGGGAUUACAGCUAACCCUCAGCACAGGGUAGAGGAGGAUGUCUCAACCUCUAUAGGGAUUACAGCUAACCCUCAGCACAGGGUAGAGGAGGAUGUGUCAACCUCUAUAGGGAUCACAGCUAACCCUCAGCACAGGGUAGAGGAGGAUGUGUCAACCUCUAUAGGGAUCACAGCUAACCCUCAGCACAGGGUAGAGGAGGAUGUGUCAACCUCUAUAGGGAUCACAGCUAACCCUCAGCACAGGGUAGAGGAGGAUGUGUCAACCUCUAUAGGGAUCACAGCUAACCCUCAGCACAGGGUAGAGGAGGAUGUGUCAACCUCUAUAGGGAUUACAGCUAACCCUCAGCACAGGGUAGAGGAGGAUGUGUCAACCUCUAUAGGGAUCACAGCUAACCCUCAGCACAGGGUAGAGGAGGAUGUGUCAAGCUAA